AUGAAGCUUGGGCCAGCUUCAUCCCAAGCCAAAAGUAGUCCUCCGUUUAAGAAUCACUUCGAUUGCAUUAUUUACCAUCACACGACCAUUCGGAAAGGUUGCUAUACCCAAACAUUGUCGCCCAACAACACGCGCGCCGCUACAAACUCUGCUUUUUACAUACCUCCCACCCUCCAUCCUCCCCCCAUCAUGGCCUCGACAACCCCCUCCCAAAUCUCAUACACCACCCUCGCCCUCGCCUCCGCCGGCCUUCUCGCCACCUCCGCCCUAGCCUACGCCCUCUACUUCGACCACCGUCGCCGCACCGACGCCGACUUCCGCAAACACCUCAAGCGUCAACACAAAAAGGUCCACAAAACGCUCGAGGCCGAGGCGAAAUCUGCCGAGCGCUCCCAAAAGGAAAAGAUACGCCGAGUAGUGGAGGAGGCGAACGAGGAGGGAUUCCCUCGCGACCCGGAGGAGACGGAGGGGUAUUUCAUGCAGGAGGUUGCGAGGGGGGAGGGCAUGUGCACGGAUGGAUCUGAUCCGGUUGAUGCGGCCGUGUGCUUUUACAAGGCGUUGAAGGUUUAUCCGCAGCCGAGGGAGCUGAUUAGUAUCUAUGAUAAAACGGUGCCGAAGCCUAUACUCGACAUACUCGCCGAGAUGAUCGCCGUGGACCCGGAUAUCCAUGUCUCGGGCUCGAGCUCCGAUGCGGGAGGACAUGCUACUGUGGAGUAAGAUAGAGCCGUUGCGCUCGAAUCGUAAAGGAGCGGGAAGAUUUCGAAUGUGUUGUUGAUAGUGUAGGCUGUAAGGGAGGAUGGAUGGGAAACAGGUCUUGUGGUACCAUAACGGUAAGGCAUGGGCAGUCGCAUCAUCUGGCGCAUCGCUCGCGAGUAGGGCGCAGGGUCUCAUCUCAAGCAUUGCCGGCUGGGUGUGUAUAAAUCUGUGCAUCUAUCUACUCAUAUGUUCACAGGUUCCUUCAACAUUGCGUCACGUUGUUCGCGUGCUCGUUUAGCAAGCCCGGAGGUCGCAAACUGUUGAGUAGAGUGUCUCGAUAAGUCGAGUGAAGGAAAUGGGCGGCCAUUUGCAGUGGACAGCCUUGCUCUGUGACCGCGUGACCUUGAAUUCUUUCAAAGCAGCAACCGACCCUUUCUUUCCCAUCAUUGAUUCGCGAACCUCACAGAUACAUGGUACCGCGAACAAUGCCAACAGCAC